AUGCGCCUCGCAUCUGAGCCGUUCGUUUCGCCGGAGGACCAGCUCGAUCCGGACGCCUCCGUCUCUCGCCCCGUUCUCCUCAUCCUCUGCGGAUUCGCCGCCGCAUUUCUCGCGGCGGGAAUCAUGACGUCAGGAUUCCUCCAAUUCGUCCUCAUCUGGAUCGCGCUCGCCCUCGUUAUAGGCCCACUCGCUCCUAUCACACAGACAGGUGGAGACUGUAGAGUUGGUGUCGGUCCCCCGUUAGAAGAGCACCAGCACGCGGAGGAGCAACCAGCGGACGAACCAUCCCCAGCCUCUCGUUACAAGAACACGGCCGCUCGCGAGCCGCAGGAAGCUGAGCUGGCGGAUCUCCCCGUCCAGCGCGCUGCAGACGGCGGCGCCGCCAACAGCGGCAGCGCCGCCAGCGAAGGCGUGGACACGAGCGAGUGGACGCGCGAGGAGUGGGACCAGCUGAAGAAGCUUCUCGUGAAGCUUCCUCGCGGAACAACCCAGCGGUGGGAGAAGGUAGCAAAAGGCGUGGGGUCCGGGCGGCGCGCCGUGGACGACGUGAUCCGAUCCGCCAAGGCCGUCGCGCUGCAGAAGCCGUCGGAUCGCGACGCGUACGCCGCGUUCCUGGCGCAGCGCAAGCAGCACAAGGGCAGCAGCGCGGGCGCGGGGGGAGCGGGGGGGGCGGGGGGAGCCGAACCCGCGCCCACAAGCAGAUGGGAGGAGGAGGGGAUCGCCCCUGGGGGCGCGGCAGAGGCAGAGGGCAAGGGCGGUGGUAACGCGGUAACCACGUGGACGGAGGCGCAGGACCGCGCGCUGCUGCAGGCGCUGAAGGAGUUCCCGAAAGACACGCCCCUGCGGUGGGAGCGCGUGGCCAGCGCCGUGCCCGGCCACACCAAGCAGCGCUGCUUCAAACGCUUCGCUGAGCUAAGAGACAAGUUCCGCUCCAAGGGGGCAGAGCUCACAGACUGA